UCCAUAUACCAGGAGCCCGCCGAGGUGUCGGCGUAAAGGAGCGCUUGGCAGAGGCGCUGCUGGUGCGUGUGCGACGCGCGCCCACCUCCGGGGAAGGAACCGCGAGGCCGGGGCCCCGGACGGUGGCUGGGCAUGGAGCGCCGGGCGGCGGCGGUGGCGUGCACGCUGCUGCUGGCUUUCGCCGCCUGCCUGGAGCGGGCCACUGGUCAGGAAUGUGGCAGUGACAAAUUUCGCUGUGGAAAUGGAUUUUGUAUUGAUGUAGCCUGGAGAUGUGAUGGGACCAGAGACUGUUUGGAUGACACAGAUGAAAUCGGCUGCCCUUCCUCUUGCCAGUCAAACCAAUUCCAGUGUCGCAGUGAAAAUGUGUGCAUUCCUCAUCAUUGGGUGUGUGAUGAUGAGCUGGACUGUGAGGAUGGCUCCGAUGAACAGCACUGCUUGGGGAGAACAUGCUCAAGCCAUCAGAUGACAUGCUCCAAUGGUGAAUGUAUCCCACGUGAAUACAGGUGUGACCAUGCCAGAGACUGCUCAGAUGGAACUGACGAGAAGGACUGCCAAUAUCCCACCUGUGAGCAGCUUACUUGUGCCAAUGGAGCCUGCUAUAACACCAGUCAGAAAUGUGAUGGGAAAGCUGAUUGCAGAGACUUAUCUGAUGAACGCAACUGUACUGUGGUAUGCUUUGAGUUUCAGUGUGAUAGUGGGGAGUGUGUGCCUAAUACCUACGUCUGUGACCAUGAGCCCGAUUGUGAAGAUGGCAGUGAUGAGCGCUCUUGCACCUAUCAAACCUGCAGAGGUGACCAGUUCACCUGCCCCAACAGCUACUGCAUUAAUCAAAAUUGGGUUUGCGAUGGCGAGGCUGACUGUAAAGAUAAUGCAGAUGAAGAUGGAUGCGAAAGCAAUUCUCACCAUACUGAUAACUGUUACCCAAGCCAGUGGGCUUGCCCACAGUCUGGAAAAUGCAUCCCAAUUGAAAAAAUUUGUGAUGGAAUUAUAGACUGCCCAGCAGGAGAGGAUGAAAACAAUGCCACCGAGCAAAGACAUUGUGAUGCUUCUUUGUGCCCUGUCUUGGGCUGUGAGUCCCAAUGCCACGAAUCCCCACAUGGAGGAGUGUGUUACUGUCCCCCAGGUUUCAUCGUCAAUCACAAUAACACCCGUAACUGUGUUGAUUUUGAUGAUUGCCAGAUUUGGGGAAUUUGUGACCAGAUGUGUGAAGAUCGAAUUGGCCACCACCGGUGCCACUGUGCAGAAGGGUAUGUCUUGGAGCAUGAGCGACAUUGCAAAGCUAAUUCUUCCUCGGGUGAGGCCUCCCUUAUCUUCUCUGAUGGUUGGAAUUUGCUAAUUGGUGAUAUUCAUGGAAGGAACUUGAAAGUCCUGGUAGAGUCUCAAAAUCGUGGACUACCUGUGGGUGUGGAUUUUCAUUAUCAUCUGCGCAGAGUCUUUUGGACUGACUAUGUGCAAAAUAAGGUUUUUUCAGUUGGCAUUAAUGGUUUAAAUAUCCAAGAAGUUCUCAGUGUUUCUAUUGAUGAUCCAGAGAAUCUGGCUGUGGACUGGGUUAAUAAUAAACUUUAUGUGGUGGAGACUAAAGUAAACCGCAUAGAUAUGGUGAAUUUGGAUGGAAGCUACCGGGUUGUCCUUAUAACUGAAAACUUAGGGCAUCCUAGAGGAAUUGCCUUGGACCCAACUGUUGGUUAUUUAUUUUUCUCAGAUUGGGAGAGCCUUUCUGGAGAACCUAAGUUGGAAAGGGCUUUCAUGGAUGGCACCAACCGUAAAGACUUGGUGAAAACAAAACUGGGCUGGCCUGCUGGGAUAACUCUGGAUAUGGUAUUGAAGCGUGUAUACUGGGUUGACUGCCGCUAUGAUUACAUUGAGACUGUAACUUAUGAUGGAACUCAAAGGAAGACAGUAGUUCAUGGAGGCUCACGGAUUCCUCAUCCUUUUGGAAUAAGCUUAUUUGAAGAUCACGUGUUCUAUACUGAUUGGACAAAGAUGGCUGUAAUGAAGGCAAACAAAUUCACUGAGACCAACCCACAAAUAUACCACCAGCUUUCCCUGAAGCCCUUUGGAUUGACUGUUUACCAUUCCCUCAGGCAGCCCUAUGUUAACAAUCCAUGUGGAUAUAACAAUGGGGACUGUGAGCAGGUCUGUGUUCUCAGCCACGUAACAGAUAAUGAUGGUUUGGGUUACCGCUGUAAGUGCACGCUGGGCUUCGAUCUGGAUGUGGAUGGACGCCACUGUGUGGCUGUUAAGCAUUUCUUGAUUUUUUCAUCUGAAGUGAGUGUUCGUGGGAUUCCGUUCAAUCUUUCUACCCAGGAAGAUGUCAUGGUUCCAGUGACAGGAAGUCCUUCUUUCUUUGUUGGGCUGGAUUUCGAUGCCCAGGAGAACACUAUCUUUUUUUCAGACAUAUCGAAAAAAAUGAUUUACAAACAAAAAAUUGAUGGCACGGGAAGAGAAAUUCUCACAGCUAACAAGGUGGAAAGUGUUGAAAGUUUGACUUUUGACUGGAUUUCAAAGAAUCUCUACUGGACAGAUGCUUUUUAUAGGGAUGUCAGUGUCAUGAGGCUAACUGAUAAAUCCAGGCGCCAAAUAAUCCAGAAUUUAAAUAACCCACGAUCAAUUGUAGUUCAUCCUGUUGCUGGAUAUAUAUUCUUCACUGAUUGGUUCCGUCCUGCUAAAAUUAUGAGAGCAUGGUGUGAUGGAUCUCACCUUUUGCCUAUAGUAAACACUACUCUUGGAUGGCCCAAUGGGCUGGCCAUUGAUUGGGGUGCUUUACGAUUAUACUGGGUGGAUGCCUUUUUUGAUAAAAUUGAGCACAGCACCUUUGAUGGUUUAGAUAGAAGGACCCUGGACCAUAUACAGCAGAUGACACAUCCAUUUGGACUCACUGUCUUUGAAGACUUUGUAUUUUUUACUGACUGGAGACUGGGUGCUAUUGUUCGAGUCAGGAAAAUGAAUGGUGGAGAUAUGACAGUUAUCCGAAGUGGCAUCAGACGUAUAAUGCAUGUGAAAUCAUAUGAUGCCAACACUCAGACUGGUUCUAACUACUGUAAUCGGCCCACCCACCCGAAUGGUGACUGCAGCCACUUCUGCUUCCCAGUGCCAAAUUUCCAGCGGGUUUGUGGUUGCCCUUAUGGAAUGAGGCUGACUUCCAAUCACUUGACAUGUGUGGAAGACCAGACCCAUGAACCACCCGUUGAGCUGUGUGGCUCUUCAUCCUUCCUCUGUGACAAUGGCAAAUGUGUGCCUAAUCAUUUCCGCUGUGAUGGAGUCAAUGACUGUCACGAUAAUAGUGACGAACAUCUGUGUGGCACAUUUAAUAAUACCUGUGCAUCGUCAGCAUUCACCUGUGGCCAUGGAGGAGAGUGCAUCCCUGCACAUUGGCGCUGUGAUGAGCACAAUGACUGUGCAGAUGGCAGUGAUGAGCAGAACUGCCCCACCCAUGCCCCCACUUCUUGCCAUGAGUCCCUCUUCACCUGUAAUAAUAGCCGGUGUAUCCCAAGGAACUGGCUGUGUGACACAGAUAACGAUUGUGGGGAUGGAUCUGAUGAAACUAAUUGCGGAUCAACAGAGAUGUGCCUAUCUAGUCAGUUUCAGUGCCCUGACCAUCGAUGUAUUGACUUAUCUUUUGUCUGUGAUGGAUCCAAGGACUGUGUUGAUGGAUCUGAUGAGAAAGACUGUGUUGUUAAUUGCACUACUUUACAAUUCAAAUGUGCCUCUGAGAAUCGGUGUAUUAGCAACAUAUAUCGCUGUGAUGGUGUUUUUGACUGUACUGACAACUCUGAUGAGAUGAGCUGUCCAUCCAGACCUCCUGGCAUGUGCCACCCAGAUGAAUUUCAGUGCCAAGCAGAUGGUAUCUGCAUCCCGGGGGGUUGGGAGUGUGAUGGGCACGUAGACUGCAUCUCUGGAUCCGAUGAGCAUCAUGGCUGUGUCCCCAGAACGUGCCCUCCAUCUCAUUUUUUAUGCGACAAUGGACUCUGCGUCAACAAAAUGUGGCUCUGUGAUGGGGACAAUGACUGCAGGGAUAUGAGUGAUGAGAAGGACUGCCCUACUCAGGCCUUUCACUGUCCCAGUUGGCAAUGGCACUGCGUUGGCUCUAACAUCUGUUUGAAUCUGACUGCAGUGUGUGAUGGCAUCUCUGACUGCCCCAAUGGGACUGAUGAGUCCCCACUUUGCAAUCAACACAGUUGCUUAAAUUCCAAUGCUGGCUGUACCCACACAUGUAUUCAAGGGCCCUUUGGGGCUUACUGCCUGUGUCCAUCAGGAUACCUACUCGCCAAUGAUUCUAAGACCUGUGAAGACAUAGAUGAAUGUGAUAUUCCAGGCUUUUGUAGUCAGCACUGCCACAAUUUGAGAGGUUCAUUUCGGUGUUGGUGUGAUCAAGAAUACAUGUUAGACUCUGAUGAGAGGACUUGUAAAGUUACAGCAUCUGAAAAUCUACUCUUACUUGUGGCAAGUCAGAACCAAAUUGUUGCUGACAGUAUCACUCCCCAGCUCCAACAUAUCUAUUCACUUAUUCAAGAAGAUUCUCGUAUUGUUGCUAUUGAUUUUGAUUCAGUCAGUGAUCGGGUGUUUUGGUCUGAUGGAACUCAGGGGAAAAUCUGGAGUGCAUUUCAAAAUGGAACAGACAGAAAAGCAAUACUUGAGAGCAGUACCACCCUGACAGAAAGUAUUGCUGUGGAUUGGAUAGGCCGCAAUCUCUACUGGACUGACUACGCUCUGGAAACGAUUGAAGUCUCUAAACUGGAUGGGAGUCACAGGACUGUGCUAAUUAGUAACAACGUCACAAAUCCCAGGGGACUAGCAUUAGACCCCAGAAUUAAUGACCACGUGAUGUUCUGGUCUGACUGGGGCCAUCACCCUCGUAUUGAGCGAGCCAGUAUGGAUGGCACUUUGCGCACUGUCAUUGUCCAGGACAAGAUUUUCUGGCCCAAUGGCAUAACUAUUGACUACCCCAACAGACUGCUCUACUUCAUGGAUGGCUAUCUUGAUUAUAUUGACUUCUGUGAUUAUAAUGGAAACCAUCGGAAACAGGUGGUAGCCAGUGAUUUGAUUCUGCGGCAUCCUUAUGCCCUAACUCUCUUUGAAGAUUCUGUGUACUGGACUGACCGCAGUACUCAAAAAGUUAUGCAGGCCAACAAGUGGCACGGAGGAAACCAGUCAGUCAUAAUGAAUAAUGUCGCCCAUCCCCUUGGGAUUGUUGCGGUUCAUUCUUCAAAACAACCGAUUUCUAUAAAUUCGUGUGCCUCUGCCUCCUGUAGCCAUCUAUGUCUGCUUUCCUCACAGAGGCCACAGCUUUACUCUUGUGCCUGUCCUUCAGGAUGGAGUCUCUCUCAUGAUUCUGUGACUUGCUUAAGAGAUGAUCAACCUUUCUUAAUAACUGUAAGAUACAGUAUAAUUUUUGGAAUUUCUCUUAAUCCUGAGGUGAAGAGCAAUGAUGGCAUGGUUCCCAUAUCAGGGAUAAGGAAUGGUUAUGAUGUUGAAUUUGAUGACUCAGAGCAAUUCAUCUAUUGGGUUGAGAAUCCAGGGGAAAUUCACAGAGUGAAGACAGAUGGCACCCAAAGGACAGUGGUUGUUCCUCUCUCUAGUUUGGGGUCUUCUACGAGCCUGGCCUUAGACUGGAUAUCAAGAAACUUUUAUUACACCAGUCCUGGAACUCAGUCUAUUAAGGUUUUCACCCUGCGGGGAGAUGUCAGGUACAGAAAAACACUGCUUACCAAUGAUGGGACGGCUCUUGGCGUUGGUUUUCCAGUUGGCAUAACUGUUGAUCCUGCUAGAGGGAAACUAUACUGGUCAGAUCAAGGAACUGACAGUGGAGUUCCUGCUAAGAUUGCAAGUGCUUACAUGGAUGGCUCAGCUUCACAAAUCCUCUUCUCUGGGGAACUUGAACAUCUGGAGUCUCUCACCCUUGACAUUGAAGAGCAGAAACUCUACUGGGCAGUCACCAGCAGGGGUGUGAUUGAAAGAGGAAAUGUGGAUGGUACAAAUCGAAUGAUUCUGGUAAACCAUCUUUCCCACCCCUGGGGAAUUGCUGUCUAUGGUCCCUUCCUUUAUUAUACUGAUGCAGUCUAUGAGGUCAUUGAAAGAGUUGAAAAAGCCACUGGGGACAACAAAGUAGUGUUGAGAGAUAAUAUUCCGAAUCUGAGGGCCCUUCGGGUUUAUCACAGAUGGCAAGACUCUACUGCAUCCUCAAAUGGCUGUAGCAACAACGUCAAUGUCUGUGCACAAAUAUGCCUGCCUAUACCAGGAGGACAGUUCUCCUGUGCCUGUGCCACUGGAUUUAAACUCAAUUCUGAUCUUCGGACCUGCUCUCCAUACGAUUCCUUCAUUGUUGUUUCCAUGCUGUCUGCAAUCAGAGGCUAUAGCUUGGUACUGUCAGAUCAUUCAGAAGCAAUGGUGCCAGUGGCAGGUCCAGGACGAAAUGCACUACACGUGGAUGUUGAUGUAUCUUCUGGCUUUAUUUAUUGGUGUGAUUUUAGCAGCUCUGUGCCAUCAAAUAAUGCAAUCCAUAGAAUCAAACCAGAUGGGACUAAUUUUACAAACAUUAUUACAAGUGGGAUAGGAGAAAAUGGAGUACGAGGUAUUGCUGUGGAUUGGGUAGCAGGAAAUAUUUAUUUUACGAAUGCAUUUGUGUCUGAAACACUGGUAGAAGUUCUGCGGAUCAAUACUACCUACCGUCGUGUUCUCCUUAAAACCACAGUGGAUAUGCCCAGGGCUAUUGCUGUAGAUCCCAAGAACAGAUACCUCUUCUGGGCCGACUAUGGGCAAAACCCAAAGAUUGAACGUGCUUUUCUUGACUGUACUAAUCGAACUGUGCUGGUGUCAGAGGGCAUUGUCACACCACGGGGCUUGGCAGUGGACCUUAGCAGUGGCUAUGUUUACUGGGUUGAUGAUACUUUAGAUAUAAUUGCAAGGAUCAAUAUUCAGGGAGAGGCAUCGGAAGUGAUUUAUUAUGGUAGUCGCUACCCAACUCCUUUUGGCAUCACUGUUUUUGAAAAUUCUAUUAUAUGGGUAGACAGGAAUUUGAAAAAAAUCUUCCAAGCUAGCAAGUAUCCAGGGAACACAGAGUCACCAACAGUGAUAAGAGACAAUAUCAAUUGGCUAAGAGAUGUGACCAUCUUUGAUCAGCGUGUCCAGCCCCGGUCACCAGCUGAGGUUAACAACAACCCUUGCUUGGAAAAUAAUGGUGGAUGCUCUCAUCUCUGUUUUGCUCUUCCUGAUUUGCACACCCCAAAAUGUGGCUGUGCCUUUGGGAACCUGGAGGGUGAUGGCAAGAGCUGUGCCAUGCCAACAGACCCUUUCCUCAUCUUUGCUUUGAAUAAUACCUUGGAAAGCUUAUACUUGGACCCUGGAAACCAUAAUCCACCAUUCCAUGCUAUAAGUGUGGGGAAAAAUACUGUGGCCCUGGACUAUGACAGUAGAAAUAAUAGAAUCUACUUCACACAAUUUUCAGACUCUGGACAUGGUCAGAUUUCCUAUAUCAGCUUGAAUCCAGGAUUCAGUUCUCCCACUGUCAUUGUUUCAGAUAUAGGGAUUUCUGAUGGCAUUGCCUUUGACUGGAUCAAUGGAAGAAUUUAUUACAGUGACUACACCAACCAGACAAUUAACUCCAUGGCUCCAGAUGGAUCUUUGCGCACUAUGAUAGCCCAUGUUCCACGUCCAAGAGCAAUUGUGUUAGAUCCUUGCCGCGGGUACAUGUAUUGGACUGACUGGAGUACUAAUGCCAAAAUUGAGAGAGCCACAAUGGGAGGAAACUUCCGGGAACCCAUUGUGGACAGGAACCUGGUCUGGCCCAAUGCCCUUACUCUGGACUUUGAAGAAGAAUUUCUCUACUGGACAGAUGCCAGUCGGCAGAAGAUUGAACGCAGCACCCUAACAGGCCUGAAUCGUGAGGUCAUUGUCAACAUAGUCUAUCAGCCUAUUGACUUGACUACCUAUGGCCAGUUUAUUUAUUGGACCGACUGGAAUAUGAAAAAAAUUUAUCGAGCUAACAAAUUUGAUGGGUCAGAUGUGACUGCGCUAUCCACAACUUUUCCCUCCCAGCCUAAGGGUAUUUGUGUUGUUCGGAAGGACCAACCACAGCAUUGUAACAAUCCUUGCGAUCAGUUUAAUGGUGGCUGCAGCCAUAUUUGUGCACCAGGUCCAAAUGGUGCAGAGUGCCAGUGUCCACAUGAGGGCCACUGGUAUCUGGCCAACAACAACAAACACUGCAUUAGGGACAAUGGCACACGGUGUGAGACAUCGAAGUUCACCUGUUUUAAUGGGCGCUGCAUUUCGGAACAUUGGAAAUGUGACAAUGACAAUGACUGUGGUGAUGGCAGUGAUGAGUUGGAAAAUGUCUGUGCAUUCCACACCUGCCCUCCAACAGCCUUCACCUGUGCCAAUGGGCGAUGUGUCCAAUAUCAUUAUCGCUGUGACCACUACAAUGACUGUGGUGACAACAGUGAUGAAGAAGGCUGCCUGUUCAGGAGCUGUAAUGCAACCUCAGAAUUUACUUGCAGUAACAGGAAGUGCAUACCUCUUCAAUUUGUCUGCAAUGGUAUCAACAACUGCCAUGAUAAUGAUACUUCCGAUGAAAAAAAUUGCCCUGACCGUACCUGCCAGCCGGGAUACUCAAAAUGUCAGACUACAAAUAUUUGUGUUCCUCGCCUUUACCUGUGUGACGGAGACAACGACUGUGGAGAUAUGAGUGAUGAAAGCCCCAUUUUCUGCUCCACUCACACGUGCACCAGUGAUGAAUUCCACUGUACAAGUGGGCGCUGUAUUCCUAGCCAUUGGUACUGUGAUAAAAAUAGAGAUUGUUUUGAUGGCUCCGAUGAACCUGACACUUGUGUGUAUAGUGUUGCAACAUGCUUGAGUGAUGAGUUCAAGUGUGACAGUGGGAGGUGCAUCCAAAGAGAAUGGAUCUGUGAUGGUGAUAAUGACUGUGGGGACAUGAGUGAUGAGGAUGAAAGACACCACUGUGAGAGUUACACCUGCUCAGGCUCUUCGUUUCUGUGUGUCAAUAGUGUGCCUCCAUCCAGGAGGUGCAUCCCCCUGUCCUGGGUCUGUGAUGGUGAUGUGGACUGUGCUGAUGGCUAUGAUGAGCAUCAGAACUGCACUCGGAGAUCCUGCUCUGAAAAUGAAUUCACUUGUAAUAAUGGACUGUGUAUCCCAAGUGUGUUCAGGUGUGACCGGCGCAAUGACUGUGGGGACUCCAGUGAUGAAAGGGGGUGCUCAUAUCCGACCUGCAGGGAAAAUGAAUUUACCUGUCAGAAUGGGCUCUGCAUUUAUAAGGGCUAUGUCUGUGAUCUGGAUAAUGAUUGUGGAGAUAACUCUGAUGAGCUGCAUGACCUGUGCCACACCCCAGAAACCACAUGCCCCCCUCAUCAGUUCAAGUGUAAUAAUGGGAACUGCAUUGAGAUGGUGAAAGUCUGCAACCUCCAAGAUGACUGUUUAGACAAUAGUGAUGAGAAAGGAUGUGGCGUUAAUGAAUGUGAUGACCUUUCACUCAGUGGCUGUGACCAAAACUGCACAGACACCCUCACCAGCUUCUAUUGUUCUUGUCGCCCUGGUUACAAGCUUCUGUCUGAUCAGCGCAGUUGUGAGGAUAUUGAUGAAUGCCAAGAGACGCCCUUUGUCUGUAGCCAGAAAUGUGAGAAUGUCAUGGGCUCUUACAUCUGUAAGUGUGCCCCAGGCUACAUCCGAGAACCAGAUGGAAAGAGUUGUCGGCAGAACAGUAACAUUGAGCCCUAUCUCAUUUUUAGCAACCGUUACUAUUUGAGAAAUCUAACUACAGAUGGCCAUUUUUACUCCCUCAUUUUGCAAGGACUGGGCAAUGCUGUGGCACUGGAUUUUGACCGGGUAGAAAAGAGAUUGUACUGGAUUGAUGCAGAGAAAAAAGUCAUUGAGAGAAUGUUUUUGAAUAAGACAAGUAGGGAGGUGGUUAUAAACCACAAUCUACCAGCUGCAGAAGGACUGGCAGUAGACUGGGUUGCCAGGAAACUCUAUUGGGUGGAUGCCCACUUGAGAUGCCUCUCUGUCUCUGACCUCAAUGGCCAACAUCGCCGCAAGCUGGCUGAGCACUGUAUGGAUGUUAACAACACCUUCUGCUUCGAAAAUCCCAGAGGAAUUGCCCUUCACCCUCAAUAUGGGUAUGUCUACUGGGCAGACUGGGCUCACCGAGCAUACAUUGCGAGAAUUGGCAUGGAUGGAACCAACAAGUCUGUGAUUAUCUCUACCAAGUUAGAAUGGCCCAAUGGCAUCACCAUUGAUUAUACAAAUGAUCUAAUCUACUGGACUGAUGCUCACCUGGGUUACAUCGAGUACUCUGACUUGGAGGGCCACCAUCGGCACACAGUAUAUGAAGGGAUAUUGCCUCAUCCCUUUGCUAUUACCAUUUUUGAAGAUACUGUUUACUGGACAGAUUGGAAUACAAAGACAGUUGAAAAGGGAAACAAAUAUGAUGGAUCACAUAGGAUGGUGCUGGUGAACACAACACAUAAACCGUAUGACAUCCAUGUGUACCAUUCAUAUAGGCAGCCCAUUGUGAACAAUCCUUGUGGGACCAACAAUGGUGGCUGUUCUCAUCUCUGCCUCAUCAAAGCAGGAGGAAAAGGAUUCACCUGCGAGUGUCCAGACAACUUCUAUACCUUACACCAGGGGGAUGACAUCUGCCUGCCCAUGUGUUCUAGCACCCAGUUCCUGUGUGGUAACAAUGAAAAGUGUAUUCCUGUCUGGUGGAAAUGCGAUGGACAGAGAGACUGCUCAGAUGGCUCUGAUGAAUCUGCCACAUGCCCACAGCGUUACUGCCCAUUAGGGAAAUUCCAGUGCAAGGAUGGCAACUGCACCAACCCACAGACCAUCUGCAAUGCUCACCAAGACUGCCCUGAUGGCUCUGAUGAAGAUCAUGUUCUUUGUGAGCAUCACCGGUGUGAGUCCAAUGAAUGGCAGUGUGCCAACAAACGUUGCAUCCCAGAGACCUGGCAGUGUGACUCGGAGAACGACUGUGGGGACAACUCAGAUGAAGACAGUUCCCACUGUGCCAGCAGGACCUGCCAGCCAGGCUAUUUUAAGUGUGCCAAUGGCCGCUGCAUUCCUCAGUCCUGGAAGUGUGAUGUAGACAAUGACUGUGGAGACUACUCAGAUGAGCCCUUCCAAGAAUGCAUGAGUCCUGCCUACCGCUGUGACAACUAUACGGAAUUCAGCUGUAAAACAAACUACCGCUGUAUCCCAAAGUGGGCUAUGUGUAAUGGUCUGGAUGACUGCAGGGACAACAGCGAUGAGCAAAACUGCGAGGAGAUGACAUGCAAGCCUUCAGGGGAAUUCCGCUGUAACAAUCACCACUGCAUCCCUCUUCGCUGGAAAUGUGAUGGGCAUGAUGACUGUGGGGAUCACUCAGAUGAGGAAAGCUGUGUCCCCCGGCAGUGCUCGGAGAGCGAGUUUCGAUGUAAUGACCAGCGGUGCAUUCCUUCCCUGUGGGUCUGUGACGGCCUCAAUGACUGUGGGGACAACUCAGAUGAGCGGGAUUGCGACAUGAGGACCUGCCAUCCUGGAUAUUUUCAGUGUUUGAGUGGACACUGCGUGCCUGACCAUUUGAAAUGUGAUGGAAUCGCUGAUUGUCCUGAUUUCUCUGAUGAAUCUGCUUGUCCCACUCGCUUUCCCGGUGGUGCAUAUUGUCCACGUACUAUGUUCGAGUGUAAAAACCAUGUUUGCAUCCAGCCAAAUUGGAUAUGCGACGGUGAUGAAGACUGUGGCGAUGGCUCUGAUGAAGAACUUCAUCUGUGCAUUAAUGUUACAUGUGAGGCACCACAACGUUUCCGGUGUGCCAACAACCGCUGUAUUUAUGGUCACAAGGUGUGCAACCAUGUUGAUGACUGUGGAGAUGGAAGUGAUGAGAAAGAGCAGCUCUGUUUACCUCCAACCCCUAGACCUUGUAGAGAAGAUGAAUUUAAGUGUAGCAAUGGACACUGCAUUUCUCAGCACCUGGUAUGUGAUGACGUCAAUGACUGUGGUGACAAUUUUGAUGAAACAGGUUGCAAUACAGGAAAAGAAAGAUCAUGUGCAGAAAAUCUAUGUGAACAAAACUGUACUCAAUUAAAAGAAGGAGGAUUUAUCUGUUCCUGUCGACCUGGGUUCAAAGCCAGUGUUUUGGACAGAAACUCCUGUGAUGACAUCAAUGAAUGUGAGCAAUUUGGGGUUUGUCCCCAGAUCUGUCAUAAUACCAAAGGAAGUUAUGUGUGUUCCUGUACUGAAGGCUUUAAGUCUAUGAGUGAUCACUACGGACAACGGUGCGCAGCUGAUGGUAACCCUCCUUUGCUAUUAUUGCCUGAAAAAGUGAGAAUUCAAAAAUACAACCUCUCCUCUGAGAAGUUUUCAGGUUUUCUUCAAGACAAGGAACGCAUUCAAGCUAUUGAUUAUGACUGGGAUCCUGAGGGCAUAGGUCUCAGUGUUGUAUAUUAUACUGUGCUAGGACAAGGCCCUAAUUUUGGUGCUAUCAAACGUGCCUACCUCCCCAACUUCGAAUCCAGCAACAAUAAUCCUGUAGUGGAAGUUGACAUGGGCCUAAAGUACAUAAUGCAGCCAAAGGGGUUAGCUGUGGACUGGGUUGGAAGGCACAUUUACUGGUCAGAUGCCAGCAGUAAACGGAUUGAAGUAGCAGAACUCGAUGGAAGGUACAGAAAGUGGCUGAUUUUCACUGAACUAGAUCAACCCGCUGCAAUGGUUGUGAAUCCCAAACUGGGACUUAUGUACUGGACUGACUGGGGUCAGGAACCUAAAAUUGAGUCUGCCUGGAUGGAUGGGCAGCAUCGGACCAUCCUGGUUCACGAGGAUCUUGGUUGGCCAACUGGCCUUUCUAUUGAUUAUUUGAAUCAUGACCGGAUAUAUUGGAGUGACUACAAGGACAACACUGUUGAAACCAUAAAAUAUGAUGGGACUGAUAGAAGAAUCGUUGCACGUGCAGCAGUUUCCCCUUAUAGUCUGGAUAUCUUCGAGAGCCAGUUAUACUGGGUAUCUAAGGAUAAGGGAGAGAUAUGGAUGCAAGAUAAAUUCGGGCGAGAAGAGAAAGAGAGACUGAUGAUAAUGAGUCCUUGGCUAACUCAAGCUCGAAUCUUUCAUCAAUAUAGAUAUAAUCUAUCAGUGCCCAACCCUUGUAAAAAUGUCUGCAGCCAUCUCUGUCUCCUGCGGCCUGGAGGAUAUAGCUGUGCCUGUCCGCAAGGUUCCACCUUUAUGACAGGGAGCAUCACUGAGUGUGACGCAGCCAUCGAAAGUCCUAUCAUCAUGCCCCCCCCAUGCAGGUGUAUGUACGGAGGAAAUUGCUAUUUUGAUGAGAAUGACCUCCCCAAGUGCAAGUGUCCUAGUGGCUACAUGGGGAACUACUGUGAAAUAGGACUUUCAAAAGGUGUCCCUCCUGGAACAACUGUGGCUGUACUGUCGACACUAAUCCUGAUCAUCAUAAUUGUAGUUUUGUCAACUUUAGGAUUUUUCCACUAUAGGAAAACGGGCUCUCUUUUGCCAUCUCUGCCCAAGCUGCCAAGCUUGAGUAGUCUUGUCAAAUCCUCUGAAAAUGGAAAUGGGGUGACCUUCAGAUCAGGGGGAGAUGUUAACGUGGAUAUUGGAAUAUCUGGUUUUGGGCCCGAGUCUGCUAUUGACACUUCAGCGGCGUUGAGUGAACGCUUUGGCAUGGAGAUGGGGAAGCAGCCCAUAAUAUUUGAAAACCCAAUGUAUGCAUCCAGGGACAGUGCUGUCAAGGUGGUUCAGCCAACCCAGGUGACUGUGUCUGUAUCUGAAAAUGUGGAUAACAAGAACUAUGGUAUUCCCAUAAGCCCUUCUGAGAUAGCUCCUGACACAAAGCCAACUUCCACAAGUGCUGAUGGAACUCAGGCAACAAAAUGGAACCUCUUCAAACGAAAACCGAAGCAAACUACCAACUUUGAAAAUCCAACCUACGCAGAGAUGGAGGGUGACCAGCAGGACAGUGCGGCUGAGGCCCCAGCUUCAUUGCCUUCUCCCCCUGCUAGAAUUCCUCCACGAAGAGACCCAGCUGCAACCUACACGGCAACUGAAGACACUUUCAAAGACACUGCGAACCUUGUUAGAGAAGACUCUGAUGUAUAGCCAGGCCAGCUACUUAGGUAAUAAUUAGAAACAUACCUUUGCACAUAUUUUUUACAAGCAGAUGAAAAAAGUUAACAUUCUGUACUUUAUAAAAAAUAUAUAUUUUCCUUGUCCAUCUGUUGUUGCGAGUGUCUGUGGAAACUCUACCUUGUGUGUCUUUUUUUUUUUAAACAUAUACCAUCUCAUAUUUUUACCAUUAAUUAUCACAAUGUCUAUAGGUAUAUCUUUGCACUGAAGCUGUCUGAAGGCAAUAUCUUGUACAUUUAUAAAUUCUGGAGAGAUUAUCACAUCAUUAGUUUUGCUAAGUAUCUGCUGAAUUGGUUGGUGAUCACUGCAGUAAAGAAUCCGAUGAGGAAACUGGUUGACUUGGGGCCUCUCGCUGUGUCUGUAGAAGAGGUCCAUUCAUGUUCCCUAGAGAACUAUACAGGAAAGAGAGCCAGGCCCCAUCUGUCGGUCCAUUUUGAUGCAUCAGCACUUAAUGUUCACUAUUACAUGUAUCCUGAUGAUAAAGUGUAUUGAUUGAGGGCGUUGUGGAUGCUUCAGAUAAUGUAGAGAAGCAAUUCAGUUUCAUCCUCCUGCCUGUUUGCCUUGUCUAGCCAUGCCGCUUGUGUCAUGGUGUUAUCUCACUAGCUGCCAAGUCCACGUAUUUAUUUUAAUGUCUGUGAGAAGAUAGCACAUCAUUAAGUGCAGGUGUCCUGCAGAAAGUUUGUAAUUAAUUGGGUGAACCCCCACUCAGUGGAGUACUAGGGCCAUUUAUGUCUGUGCCUGGCAUCUCAGGUGGUCACCUACUCUAGCAGCUGGAGGUGAAAUACUAAAACCAAAUCUGUGUCUUCAUAAAGUAAGGUGCAAAACAAAUACUGGUUAAGCAAAGCAAAACCUCUACUGGGUUUUUGCUUCUCUGUGUGAAAAUGUUAUAACCACUAUUUAUUUCCUAAGCUGAACAUGACUAGAAAGGGAAAUCAUUCUUAUUGAGCCUUUUUUUAAGGUCCUUUGGCUAAAUCAUACACUUGUAUCAGAAUGUACUGUCGAGCCAAGCUCUUCUCUUAAACUAGUUGGUGACGUUUCCACAAUGGAAACCAUGGCUGGAACUUACAAUUUCCACACUAAGUAGCAUAUUUGCCUCUCUGUGCUAAUAUUGCACAUUUUCAAAAUGAUGGAUGGAUGCAUGGAUGCAUGGAUGCAUGGGUGGAUGAUUGGAUGAAUGAAACAUGUACUACUGAUUAUUUUAUUCCUGAGUUCUCAAAAUAUCUGUAUUUUGAGUGCUUAUUGUAAUUACUUUGAAAUGUACUUUGAUUAGAAAAGCAAAUGGAAAUGAUGCUGCUGAAAAAUUUCUUAAUAAAUGA